AUGGGUCACCGUAAAACUCUCCUCUUUUCUCUCCUCCUCCUCCUCUCUUUGUUAUACGCCCCCGCCACCGCCGAUGAUACCACCGCCAUAAAGCUCGCCUCCGCCCUCCAGCCUACCCCCGCCGGCUGGUCCACCAAGCCUCCCUUAGCUUAUUGCAAUGGCAAUUGGAGGGGCGUCAAAUGUGACUCCUCCAACAGUGUUGCCUCCAUUAAUCUCGCCAAUUCAAAGCUCACCGGCACUCUGCCGGUGGAGCUGUCUACGAUGUACCAGCUCGAGUCACUGUCUCUUCAAGGAAACUCUCUGUCCGGUGACCUACCUUCCUUCGCGAAUCUCACAAAUCUGCAGAUGGUUUAUCUUGACGGCAACAACUUCUCCUCCGUUCCUACUGGUUGUUUUGAAGGUCUCACUUCGUUGCAAACCCUCAGCCUCGGCGAGAAUCGGAAUCUUGCGCCCUGGUUGUUCCCUCAGGAGUUGACGGGGUCGUCGAGUCUCACCACUCUGGUUCUCAAUAGAGUUAACUUGUACGGUAUUAUACCUGAUAUCUUCGCCUCCUUCCUCAAUUUGCAGAAUGUGAGGCUCUCGUACAACAAUCUCACUGGGCCUUUGCCGCGUUCGUUCGGAGGAUCGAAGAUUCAAAAGUUGUUGCUCAAUAAUCAGAAUACUGGCUUAUCUGGGCCCAUCGAUGUGUUAUCGUCUAUGACGCAGUUGGUCACGGCGUGGCUGCAUAAGAACCAGUUCAGUGGUCCGAUCCCGGACCUCUCCAAAUGUGAGGCUCUUUUCGAUUUACAGCUCCGUGAGAAUUUGCUCUCCGGGAUUGUACCUCAGUCGCUGAUGAAUCUUCCCAGCUUGAAGAACGUUACUCUGUCCAACAACAAAUUGCAGGGCCCGUUUCCUGUUUUCCCACCGACUGUCACCACUGUGGAAAUUACUGGAACCAAUAACUUCUGUGCGGACGAAGGCAUUACUUGUGAUCCGCAAGUAAUGACAUUACUAGCGGUUGCAGGGGGGUUUGGGUACCCAAUUACGCUGUCUGAUUCUUGGGAUAGGAACAAUGCAUGCCAAGGCUGGGCUUUCGUCUCCUGCAACUCCCAGGGGAGAGUCAUCACAGUGAAUCUCGCAAAGCAGCAGCUCUCAGGGAGGAUCUCUCCUGCAAUUGGGAAUCUCACGGACCUGAAGAAUCUGUAUCUGCAGAAUAAUAACUUGACGGGUCCAAUUCCAGAUAGCUUGACUAAAUUAGAUGAGCUAGUCAAUUUUGAUGUCUCGAAUAACAAUCUCUCUGGGAAAAUCCCAGUGUUUCCGUCUGGUGUGAAGCUGGUUAAAGAUGGUAAUCCUCUGCUUGGGACUAAUGUGAGCCCUGGAGAUGGAGGAAGUCCAGGUUCCAGCAGUGACACAACACCAGGUUGGAGUACACCUGCAGGACUUAGUGGUUCUCAGAACAGUUUAUCAGGUGUUGUUAUUGCCAGCGUUGUUAUUGGUGUUGUGAUUUUCAUUGUUGUUGUAAUGUUUGUGCUGUAUAACUAUUGUGUCAAGAAGCGACCUGGUAAAUUUGGGAGGGUGGAAAAUAGGGAAGAUGGCAAGGCAGCUGCUAAGAAUGGUAUGAAUGGGACUGGUGGUGGCCAGACCGAUUUUCAGAGCCAGAGCAGUGGUAAUCACAGUGAUCGUAAUAUUUUAGAUGGAGGAAAUGUUGUAAUUUCAAUUGAAGUUUUACGACAGGUGACAAAUAAUUUCAAUGAGGAUAAUAUUUUGGGUAGGGGAGGCUUUGGGGUCGUUUAUAAAGGAGAGUUACAUGAUGGGACUCAAAUUGCUGUGAAGAGAAUGGAAUCUACAGUUAUGGGUACGAAAGGAUUGAAUGAGUUUCAGGCAGAGAUUGUUGUGCUUUCUAAGGUUAGACAUAGGCAUUUGGUUGCCCUUUUGGGCUACUGUAUAAAUAGGAAUGAGAGGCUUUUAGUAUAUGAGUGCAUGCCACAGGGAACUUUAGGGCAACAUUUGUUUGAAUGGCGUGAGCUGGGAUACUCUCCCCUUACUUGGAAGCAGAGGGUUACAAUUGCAUUAGAUGUUGCACGUGGAGUGGAAUACCUGCACGGCUUGGCGCAGCAAAGUUUCAUCCACAGAGACUUAAAGCCUUCUAACAUACUUCUUGGGGAUGAAAUGAGAGCUAAAGUUUCAGAUUUCGGUUUGGUUAGAAAUGCACCUGAAGGGAAGUAUUCUGUUGAGACAAGAUUGGCAGGAACAUUCGGGUAUCUUGCACCCGAGUAUGCUGCUACUGGGAGGGUGACCACGAAAGUUGAUGUAUAUGCAUUUGGAGUGGUUUUGAUGGAGAUUAUCACUGGUAGAAAAGCUUUGGAUGACACCAUGCCAGACGAUAAUCCUCACUUAGUCACAUGGUUCCGUAGGGCCCUAAUUAACAAAAAGAGUUUUUCAAAGGCUAUAGACGAAUCUCUCAACCCUGAUGAGGAGACAAUGGCAAGCAUCAACAGAGUGGCCGAGCUUGCAGGUCAUUGCACCGCUCGUGAGCCAUACCAGAGACCCGAUAUGGGGCAUGCAGUCAACAUUUUGGGUCCUUUGGUAGAGCAAUGGAAGCCUUCCAGUCAAGAAGAUGAAAGCUUUGGUAUUGACACUAACAUGAGCCUUCCUCAAGCUGUUCAGAUGUGGAUGGCUGAUGAAAGUACUUCCACAAUGUAUGAUACAUCGUACGCUCAAACCCAACCAAGCCUUCCCUCAAAACCAUCAGAGUUUAACACGUUUUCUUCAACUGGGCGGUGACAAAGGCGAAAAUCAACUUAUUGGUGAAAAGUGGAACUGAGGAGGAGAUGAAAUAGCUUUGCACACGGUGCGACUCAGUGACUCAACCAAGUGUACCAUUGUUUUAUUUCAUAUUUGAUUCUUGCUCAUAAUCUUUGAUUGUUAAAGCUGGGGAAGAGGAGA